UUCCCGUGGCGCCGCGGCGACUCCAGCCGCGCCUCGGGCAGGAGCAGCGUCGGUGACCCGGAGCCCGCCGACGAGGCCAGGCAGGAUGCCGCCAGCGUGGCGAAGAUGGACUGUCGGGAGGCGGCGAGCGGUCCGGAGAGGCGCCGACUGGGCGUGUCCAAGACGCAGCGUCAGCUCAAGGCGUCCAGCUCGCCGGUGCUGCCCGGCCGUCGCAACAGCACCUCCAGCUCCGAGUGGGACGUGCGCAGGACGUGGUCAACUGUGUACGGUGAUCAGGACGCCGACAUGCUGUCGGCCAACUCAGAGGCGUCCGUGUCGCCGCUGCCGACCGAGGAGGACCUGGCGGUGGGGCCCAGGAUCGCUGCAGAACAACCCAGGGGCGCCCUCCCCGACCCCCAGCUCAGAGAGCGUCUUGCAGAAAUUCCGUAAAAGCUUCAGUUUACGGUUCUACAAGAGGGGCGCGUGCGCGGAGCCUGCGGCGCCUUCCUGCAGCGCGUCGCCGGCCGACCGCCGCCAGGAGCCGGAGCGGGAGCCGGAGCCGGGGCCGGAGCCAGGGUGUGUCGACGGCUCGGAGCCAGCCGGCGGCGGCGGCGCGGCGGCCGACGGCGUGCAGGGAAGGCCGGCCGAGAGGCCCGACGAACGGGGCGGCGGCGGCGGCGGCGGAGGAGCCGGCGCCAGGGACGACUCGGACACCGAGAGUGGCUUCAGGCUGGUGCCGCGCGCCUGGCGUUCUAGCAAGGAGCGGCGCCGCCGGCUCAAGAAGGAGGCGCGCAGCGCCAAGUGCUCGAGCGCCGACAGCGGCGACAGUGGCAUCCAGAUGGAGGCGGCGGCGGCGGCGGCCGGGCCGGCCGAGAGUCCGAGCGUGCGGCGCCGGCUGCGCAGCGCCGGCGCCGCCGAGGAGCCGGCCGGCGCCGAGCCGCGCAGGGAGAAGCGGCCCCUCUCCGACAUCUCCGGCAGCUCCAUCAUCGAGGAGAUCAAGGCGGGCCUGCAGAGUGAGGUAAAGCGGCGCAGUAAGCUGGUGCGGCGGACCCACUCGGACCUCGGCAGCGACCUGGUGCGCGGCUACACCCGCCAGAUGUCGCAGCCGGCGCCCAUCAACGAGCACCCGGCCACCGUCGGCCGCCGCCAGCACCACCGGCUCAGGAAGAGCCUGGCGCGCGCGCGCGGCCCGUCGCCGCCGCGGCCGCGCCGCCUCUCGCCACCCGUGGCCGGCCACGCCACCGACGACGACGCCAUCUCCGAGUCGGACGACGAACUGCUCUCGGACGACGAGGGCCGGCGGCGACCGCUGGGGCGCAUCUUCGAGCCGGCCGAGGAGUCGGUGGUGUACGCCGAGGCGCACUGGGACUACAUCACCCUGGACCCGGACGAGCUGGCCUUCAAGGCCGGCGAUGUGAUCGAGGUGCACGACUGCUCGGACCGGCACUGGUGGUACGGCGCCCACCAGGGCAGCCAGGGCUGGUUCAUGGCCGCCUUCGUCCGGCUGCGCGUCAGCCAGGAGGAGACGGUGGAGGAGACGCUGGACGCCAUCCGGUCCGGUACGGCGCGACCGCAGCUGGCGCGCAAGCAGUCCAUCUCGCUGCUCUCGCACGACCAGGUGCGCGCCAAGGUCGUCAUGGAGAUCCUCAGCUCCGAGCGUGCCUUCGUCCAGGACGUCGGCAACGUCAUCGAGGGAUACCUGCGCCAGGUGGUGCGGCGGCCCGACCUGUUCUCGCCCGAGCACGUCACCUCCAUAUUCGGCAACAUCGAGGAGCUGCACCGGUUCCAGUUUGAGUUCCUGCGCCGGCUGGAGAGCCGCGUCGACCGCGCCCGCCCGCACCUCAGCUGCAUCGGACAGGUGUUCGUCGAGUUUCAGCACGGCUUCUCCAUCUACGCCGAGUACUGCAACAACCACCCGUCGGCGGUGUCGGAGCUGCAGACGCUGUACCAGAACAACCGCUACAUCCACUUCUUCGAGGCCUGCCGCCUGCUGCGCGACAUGAUCGACAUCUCGCUCGACGGCUUCCUGCUCACGCCCAUCCAGAAGAUCUGCAAGUACCCGCUGCAGCUGGCCGAGCUGCUCAAGUACACCAAGGCGGACCACCCGGACUACGAGCACGUGCGCCAGGCGCAGGCGGUGAUGAAGGCCGUGGCCGUGGGCGUCAACGAGUCCAAGCGGCGUAUGGAGAGCCUCGAGAAGCUGGCCGCCUGGCAGAUGAAGGUUGAGGGCUGGAUGGGCCCCAACCUGCUUGACACGAGCUCGGAGCUGAUCCACCAGGGUGAGGUCAGCAAGCUGACCUCCUCCAGCUGGUCGAAGGAGGUCUGCACCCUCUUCCUGUUCGACCACGUGCUCAUCUACUGCCGCAGGGACCUGCUGAAGCGCAGCGUGCAGCAGUUCCGCGGCCGGAUCAACCUGGACACGGCCCAGGUGGUCGACCUGCUCGACGGAAAAGACGAGUUCUCCGGCGUGACGGUGCGCAACGCGAUACGGGUCCACUCGCAGCUGAAGAACAAGUGGUACAUCUUCUGCUGCAAGUCCGAGGACGAGAAGCUGCGGUGGAUGCUCAAGUUCCGCGAGGAGCGGAUCCGCGUGUGCCGCGACCACGAGAACGGCUUCCGCGUGUCGGACAAGUUCCGUCGGCUGGCGCAGAUCGCCGCCCGCAACCACCAGAACACGCCCAAGAAGCCGAAAACCCAGCACCCCCGGUACCGCCAGCAGAUGACGCUCUCGCAGGCUGAGUUGCUGCUCAAUGAGGCUAGUCCCGCCCCCGCGCCGAGCCCAGAGCUCGCCAAGCGCAAAGGCACGUGGUUCAGUUUUGGCAACAGCAAAAAGCGGAGCCGAGCCGCUCCAAACAUCAUACACCACGCUCAUCACCUAAUGUAGUCAUCCUAGUUACCAUGGCGACGGGCUGCAUGAAGAGUGGCGCGCGCCCGGCCGUGCGGCAGACUUGUAGUGCCUUCGAUGGCCGCCAGAUGGCAGGCGCGCGUGACGUAUGCGUCGGUUCCAUCCAUCAUCUGUGAUUGCCAAUGUGUAUGUGUGAUUGUCGUUGAUCAUGCAAUAUUUAUAGACGCCGAGUGAUUGAUGGACUUAGUAGCAGAAUGCGGACGAACGUUUUUACCUAUCUGCAUAUCGCAACGUGUGCUGCCCUGACUGGUCUUAGUCGUCUUUUAUUGUUCUUUUUUGUUUCACCUGCUGUAAAUAAACGACUCAGGGCGCGAAAUA